AACUCUUUCCGUCUCUUCCAAGACAAAGGCAAAGGAAGGUCCGUGCUACCUUCAUUUCCAUUUCCUUUUCAUUUCCCCCCUCUAUCUAUAAAAGUAGGCCCUUUUCUUUCUGUAUAAUUACAAAGGAAACCUCGGUUGCAUGACGAGCGCUUCGGAGCUUUUCCACACGAGGAGAUCUCGUAUCGGCCGAAACACUGAACUAGGGUUUGGCCCGUCUAUAGAUCGCGUCCCCCACCACCGCCAUCAUCGCUACCAUCGUCAUGAGGAGGAUUGCGAUCCCGUCCGUCGAUCUUCCCACGGCCCGUCUCUCAAUGCUCGGUAUCUCUGCAACCGCGUAUCUCAAGCGGAACGUGAACCAGUUCGACUAGAUCAUAGUACUAGCCAAUCUGGCACGGGCAACAUUAGUGGCACGGAGACUUCAAGUAGUCGAACCAACACGCCGAGAUUCAGUCGGAAUGAACGACUUCCUGGAGCUGUACUACAGGCAAGGGCAAGGCUUCUUGAGAGACUGCGAGGUGUAUCCCUUACUGGAAACAGGCAAAGCAGCAGAGGCUCAGGCAUAUCUUGGGAUGAGUUUGCAAUCAGUGAUGACUUCCGGGUUGUUGACACUGGGGACUGGGAAUCUGAAAUCUCGAGGCUAUGGUUUGCAGAUGCUACACCAUAUACUGAGUUGAAUGUCCAAAGGGACCCGUCGUCCAUUUUGCUAGACAUGACCAAGAAGAAGCCGCCCGGACUCAGCCUGGAGGCCAUCAACAGCCUGCAGCAGGAGGUUUUCACCAUCGCUGAUGGGGCUGAUGGGGACGUGGUCUUAAGUGCUGUACAUGAAUGCUGUAUAUGUCUAGAGAGCUUUCAGGACGGAGACAGGCUAAUUUGCUUGCCAUGCAGGCACGGAUUCCACCCCACGUGCCUGGAUCCAUGGGUAAGAACCUGUGGUGAUUGCCCGUACUGUAGAACUGAUAUACUAGUUGAUGAUCGAGUAGAAAGGAAGACACUAAACCCACAAUGAAGCUGAUUUUUGCACUUCAAAGUUUUGAGCUGAGGAAUUUUGGAGACUUUUUUAUUUUUAUUUAUUUUUGUUUUUUAUAAAGCUCUUUGAUGAAGACAUGUAUGUAUGUAUGUCUGCACCUGUGACACUUAUGCAGCGUUGUGUGGUAUUGAUCUUGUUUCAAUAACUGGACUUGUUGUGUUUCUGUAGGAAAGUUCCACUGAUAUUGUAUUUACAAAUUUGAUUUGUUCCAGAUGACUUAAUUUUGUA